GUCUGUAAACAGUGUUCCAAUCCGGGACCGCGGCUCUGACCUCCUUUUGGUCGACCCGGUUCUUCGUCAAGCGGGCUUCAAAAACAAGCUUCGAUGGAACAAAACAAGAAUUGGCAUUGAACUUGAGUUGAAAGAAGAGCAACACUUGGAACUGAGACGCUCAGGAAGAAAGAUGGGUUUUUCUUCUAUCAAGACUGCUAUCUGCAUUGCAUUUUGGGCAAGCAUUUUAACGUUGUCUUAUGCAACAACUGAAACAGCAGAAAAUCUGACUGAGACAGAAGAUGCAGAAUUCCGUCAAGGCGGAAUUGCACAGCAACUGAUGUCCAGUUAUCCUAUGGCAGGUGGAAUGUAUGGAAACACUGGGGGAUACCAGUACAUGGCUAAUUCUGGCAGUACAGGAGGAGGAUAUGCCAACAUGCUGAGAAACCUCUACAGACCACCUUCAUUUGGUUUGACUGAUAAAGUACGUCACUGGGUAAAAUCAUUUAUGAAUAGAAGACAAUAUGUGAAGCCCUAUUACACACCAUCAAUGUCUGGAAUGUCUUAUGCCACAGAUGAGUUUGGAUCCAAGCCAAUGCUCAUUGGUGGAAACAGCUAUAAGGCAAUUUCAGUCCCUCUACGCCAGCUCCAGAAAUAUUACAAGCCAUACUAUGCAACUGCUGAUGGUAGUAAUACACAAUAUCUGCAAUCUAGCCCUAAUGCAGCAGCUGCAAAUGCAUUUGCCAGUUACAAUCCAAGUAUGGCAUCACAAUUAGGUUCCAGCAGUGGAUUAUAUGCUAGUGAAAGUGCUAGUCCAGGACAUUUCACUGGAGGUAGCAGUGGUCUUUACAGUGCUCCCUCAGAAAGCAGUAGUAGCUUAUUUGGAACAAGUGGAAGUUCAAGUAGUGGUAUAUAUUCUUCAGGAAACAGUCCAACUGGUAGCUUUUUCUCACAAGGAAGUAAUCCCAACAGCGGAAUAUUCAGCUCAGGUGGAUCUAGUUCCAUUUUUUCUUCAAGUGAUGGCUCUAAUCGUGGAUUAUUCAGUAGUGCAGGUCUUGGAUCUAGUGGCCUCUAUGGUUCCGGUGGUAGUCCUAGCAGUGGACUUUUCCAUGGAUCUAGCAGUUCAAAUGGCAAUGUUUACUCUUUGGAUGGUAGCAGUGGUGGGCUUUAUGGUUCUGAUAGCAGCAAUAACUUCUAUAGUGCUAACAGUGGAAAUGCCGGCUAUGGUUCCAGUGCAGCUGCAAGUAGCCUCCUAGGAUUAAGUUCAGGAUCCAACAGUGGAAGUUUUGGUGAUCUGUAUGCAAGUGGAGCUAGUCCAGCUGCUAGUAUUUACAAUCCCGGGUCUAAUGAACAUGGAAGAGGAUAUGCAAGCUCCAAUAAUAAAAAGGCUACAUAUGGUUCAAGCAGCAGUGCUCUUUACAUGUCAUCUGGAGAACGAAAUGCAGAUUCAUAUGGAUCUAAAUCGGCCAAAGAAACCAUAAAUAGCUUCAAUGUAGAUUCAAUACGAAGCAGUCAAUCUGAGCCAUCAUAUUCAGUUUCAUUCCAACCAGCACAGUCAAAAUCAUACAGCGCUCCUUAUGAUAAUUCUGGUUUCCAGCCAGUUUCCUUUUCAUCUGAUGAUGGAAGCUCAUCAUCAUUUCAGGAAAAAAGUUCUUAAAUAAGACUAGCACAUCUCCAAUAAACUCUCUUCAAAAAUGGUGAAUGAACCAACAGUCAAAUAAAGCUCAAUUUGCUCUGAUGUAUAAUACACAAGAAGCAGUGGUCCAAUACUCACUUAUUAAUGUUGGUGAUGAAAGCUUUGUAAAGGGGCCCCAAUGAGUUGCUGGCGCACAAUAACUGUGAAAAUGUGCAAAUAAUAUUUCCAAUGCAUAAUUCUUUUUAAUAAUUAUAAAUUUGUCAGCUGGUCUGACAAUAUUUUGCAGAACUAUGAAACUUUAGUAAAUCUGACUUUUAGACGGAUUCUGUGAAAGUGCACGUUUUUCAUUCCUUGAAAAUAUUCAAUGCAAUAGUAUUUGCAUAUUAUGAAAUUUGAUCUUAAUUUAUCUAAAUCAUUAUUAUUUAUUUAUAAAGAAUAGGGACAUUUCUUUUUCAGUAUUUUAUUAAAAGUUACAUUAAAAAGUUGAUGAUACUGCAUUUUUAAUAAUUAUUUUAAGAUUAUUAUUUGAUUAUCUGAUAACUAAGAAUAACAGAUGAAUGUGUUUCAUGCAAUCUCAGAGAAAAUUAAAUAUUUUAUCUUGCUGAAGUCACCCACAUUCCUAAGUUAUGCAUAUAAUAUUUCUUUUACUCAACUGAUAUUGUACUCAAACAAUUAUUUGGUUUAGAAGGAUCAUUUUACUGGAAUGUAUAGAAAACUGUUUAUUUAUUUAUUUUGUGUUGAUAACUUUUGUUGUGUGUGAGUGUACAUUUAUUUAAAUAAAACAUUCUUUAAAAAAUAAAA